UGGAAUCUGACUUCAGCACAACAAGCCCGUUGGUCCUAAAAAUAGCUGAAAGCAACGAGCUGUCCACCCCAAGGACACGGCAAAACUUUUCACCGUGUUGCCCACUCCAUGUUGAUCCAAGCUGCGGCUACAAUCGGUUUGUUUCUACUGGAAGGAUGAGCCAUUAUUUCCAUCCAGUAAACCGUAGGUAAGUGCUGACCUCAGCUGUUGACCAUCCUGCUGACCGGAUUUUGGACUGAAGCUGACCAUGGUGCGCAAUGUGGAUGACCUGGACUUCUGCUUGUCCUCCCAUCCUCAGAGCAUCCUCGAAGGCUUGCGUUCACUCUGCUCUCACCCCAAACUUGUUGAUGUGACGCUGAGUGCUGGUGGGAGGGAUUUUCCCUGUCACCGUGGAGUACUGGCCCUCUGUAGCAUGUAUUUUCGCUCCAUGUUCUCAGGUGACUUUGUGGAGAGCAUAGCUGCACGAGUGGAGCUUCAUGAUGUUGAUCCAGAGAUACUCAGUUACCUGCUUGACUUCGCCUACACAGGAAAACUGACCAUCAACCAGAGCAACGUGGAAGGACUGAUCUGCACCUCCAGCCAGCUGCAGUUUCAGACAGUUCGAGCUGUGUGCAGCCGAUACCUCCAACACCAAAUUGAUGCAACCAACUGCCUGGGUAUCCUGGAGUUUGGGGAGAUCCAUGGUUGCCCUGAGGUGGUGGCCAAAGCAUGGGCCUUCCUUCUAGAGAAUUUUGAAGCUGUACAACAAGGUGAGGAGUUCCUGUUACUGGGUAGAGACAGGUUGGUUGCCUGCUUAUCUGAUGAAGGACUACAAAUCCGGUCAGAGUACACUCGUGUGGAAGCCAUCUUGAAAUGGGCUGCGUAUCAAAAAGAGUCUCGACUCGGCCAUCUCCCUGAACUCCUCAACUUGUCGCGUCUUUCUCUACUCAGUCUCAGCUACCUGGCCGACACUUUACUGAAGGACAGUCUGGUGCAAGCUUCUCCCAGCUGCAGGGAGGCUGUUGAAAAAAUUCACAGAGAGAAACUAAAUUUAGCGCCAGAAUAUUCUGACAGACCCAAUUGUCCGAGUCCACAACCAAACCUGCAAGAAGUGCUGGUUGUGAUGGGAGGUCGUUCGCUGGAUGAUGAAGAUGAUGAGGAAGACUCAGAUGAAGAGGAAGACAGAGACCCGAGACUUCAGAGACUGCUGUCCAGGAACUGUGCCUUCUACAACAUAAAGACUAAACAGUGGCAUGAGCUCCCAAAUUUUCCAAAUCCCAACAAAUGGGGUUACUCCAUGGUGUCCUUGAAUAAUGAUGUGUAUGUCACAGGGGGCUCGCGGGGUUCAAAUACCAACACGUGGUCGACCACAGAGACCUGGAAGUACAUCACUAGAGAAGGGAGAUGGGUUACUGUGGCACCCAUGCUCCGGCCUCGAACUAACCACACAUCUGCAACUCUCAACGGAGAGAUUUAUGUCGUUGGGGGUACAACAUCAGAUCGAGUUGAGGUUGAACAUUAUGACCCUUAUAACAACACCUGGACCUUGACGUGUCCUGCCUUAAAAUAUGUGACGAACUUCACAGCCACAGCUUGUCAGGGGAAACUCUACGUGAUUGGAUCGUGUGCAGUGAAAUACAAUGCCCUGACCAUGCAGUGCUACAACCCUGUCAUAGAUAACUGGAACAGUGUGUGGUCACCAUUCAUCCCUAAGUAUCUGUCCUCUCCUCGUUCAGUCUGCGUGGAUGGAACUAUAUAUCUGGUGGCUGACAACACUAAAAAAGUCUUUUCAUAUGAUCCAGAGGCAAACAUAUGGCAGAAGGUCCAGCUUCUUCACAUGCUUCAUGAGAAUGGUGGGUUGGUAACCUUGGACAGGGAGCUUUUUGUCACUGGAGGCCAUUGGAAAGGAAUGGAGGGUGACUAUGGGGUGGAAGUGGAAGUUUACAACAGAGCAUCCAACACCUGGGAGGUGGAGUGCUUUCUUCCAAGACUCUGGUUCUAUAGCGGAGUCUGCACCAUUUUCCUAGAUCCAUCCCAGUGGCCUGAGUUUUCCCCGGUUGAUUCAACAUAAU